AUGUCUAAAGAAGAAAAAUUAAUUGAUAAACUUCAAUAUGAUUUUUUUUAUUAUGGUAUUGAUAAUAAUAAAACAAUUAUCACUACAGUUCUUGAAUAUAUAAAUAAUAAUCAAGACAUAUUAAAAGAUAAAGAUAUUAUAAAUGAAUUUAUACAAAUUUAUAAAAAUAUUUUUAUAUCUAAUAAAAAAUUAAAUGAAUCAAAAAAUUUUAAUUUAGAAUUAAUAAAUGAUCAUGAAUCCGAUAAUGAAUAUGUUAUU